CGCCUGCCAUUUCUUCACCAAGUUUUUCUUCCGCUUGCCUGGUGGGACUGUUGGGCCUUAACACCCGAAGCAGCUUCUUUGAACCCACAAACCAACUAAGCAGUCAAGUAACCAUGAGCAAAUCCUACUCCUCGUCAACCCAGAGUGCCUCCUCCUACCGCCGGACCUUUGGUUCUGGUGUUGGUUCAUCACCAAUGUCAUCCCUCUUCUCCUCCUUAGGAGGAGGUCGAGGCUCUGCUUCCAGCCAUAUGUCUUCCAGAGUGUACGAGGUCAAGAGUUCCGCUGUUCCCUCCUUCUCCAGCUUCAGAGUUUCUUCUGGAGCUGGGGGAGCAGGAUGUGGCUCCUCAACAGCUGUGCGUACUUAUGGAGGCGAGAAGCUCGACUUUAACCUUGCAGACGCCAUGAACCAAGACUUUCUCAACACAAGGACCAAUGAGAAGGCCGAGCUUCAGCACCUCAACGACCGCUUCGCCAGCUACAUUGAGAAGGUACGCUUCCUGGAGCAGCAGAAUGCUGCUCUGACCGUGGAGAUUGAGAAGCUGAGGGUUCGCGAGGGUCCUGGCCGUGUGGCUGAGCUGUAUGAGGAGGAAAUGAGGGAGCUGAGGAGGCAGAUCGAGACCCUCACCAACCAACGUGCCAGGGUGGAAGUGGAGAGGGACAACCUGGCUGAUGAUCUGCAGAAGCUAAAGCUAAGACUGCAAGAAGAAAUCCACCAGAAGGAAGAAGCUGAGAAUAACCUGUCUGCCUUCAGAGCUGAUGUUGACAGUGCCACUCUGGCCAGGCUGGACCUGGAGCGGCGCAUUGAGAGCCUGCAAGAAGAGAUUGCCUUCCUCAAGAAAAUCCAUGAAGAGGAGAUCCGAGAGCUGCAGAGCCAGAUGCAGGACACUCAGGUCCAGAUCCAGAUGGACAUGUCCAAGCCUGAUCUGACUGCUGCUCUCAGGGACAUCCGCAUGCAAUAUGAAGCCAUUGCUGCAAAGAACAUUGCAGAGGCUGAAGACUGGUACAAGUCUAAGGUGUCUGAUCUGAACCAAGCUGUGAACAAGAACAACGACGCUCUGCGGCAGGCCAAACAGGACACCAUGGAGUACAGGCACCAGAUCCAGUCCUACACCUGUGAAAUCGACUCUCUCAAGGGCACUAAUGAGUCUCUGCUGCGCCAGAUGAGAGAAAUGGAGGACAGGACGGGCCGGGAAGCCUCUGGCUACCAGGAUACCAUUGCACGGCUGCAGGAAGACAUUGCCAAGAUGAAGGAUGAUAUGGCUCGCCACCUGAGGGAGUACCAGGACCUCCUCAAUGUGAAGAUGGCUCUUGAUAUCGAAAUUGCCACCUAUCGCAAGCUGCUGGAGGGAGAGGAGAGCAGGAUCACCACCACUAUGCCUGUCCAGUCUGCCUAUUCUUCCAUUGGAUUCAGAGAGACCAGUCCUGAAUCCCAGCGUGGAUCAGAGGUUCACUCCAAGAAAACUGUUCUUAUCAAGACUAUUGAGACCCGCGAUGGAGAGGUUGUCAGCGAGUCAACACAGCAUCAACAGGACAUCAUGUAAAGAGACAACAUGAAAUGAAAAAUAAUAAAAUAUCAACAAAUAUAGAAACUGUUUCUUACCAUUA